UGUGUAAAAUCCUUUCUUUUAUACGUUGAUCUUUCUCCAGAGAGUAAAGCAGAAAGCUUGAAGGAAGCAGAGCAGACAUCAGGAAAGCCUUGUCAAGACAAAGCUGUGAAGCCACAGGAUGGCGGGGCUCCUCUCUCCGAAGCUUGCCUGCAAAAAGAAGUCAAGAAGCUAAAGGAGGCUGACAAAGAUGGCACCCAAACAGUUAUUGAUGCAGGACAGAAGCAUUUUGGAGCAGUGGCCUGCAGUGUGUGUGGGAUGCUCUACUCUGCUGCCAACCCCGAGGAUGAAUCUCAGCAUUUGCUGUUUCACAACCAGUUCAUCAGCGCCGUCAAAUAUGUGGGUUGGAAAAAGGAGAGGAUUUUGUCUGAGUUUCCAGAUGGCAAGAUCAUUCUCGUCCUGCCAGAUGAUCCCAAAUAUGCUCUGAAGAAGGUUGAGGAGAUCCGGGAGAUGGUGGACAAUGACCUCGGCUUCCAGCAGGUGGAGACCAAGUGUCCCUCAAAGACCAAAACCUUCCUCUUUAUCUCUAAUGACAAGAAAGUGGCUGGGUGUCUCAUAGCUGAGCACAUACAAGAGGGGUACAGGGUGAUUGAAGAGCCCAUGCCAGAGGGUUCGGAGGGAGAGAAGUUGAUGUUUGAACGUCAGAGAGCUUGGUGCUGCUCCACAACGCCAGAGCCCGCCAUCUGCGGCAUCAGUCGCAUCUGGGUGGUCAGCGUGAUGAGACGUCAGGGCAUCGCUUCGCGCAUGCUCGAGUGCCUCCGGAAUAAUUUCAUAUACGGUUCAUACCUGAGCAAAGAUGAGAUCGCCUUCUCCGACCCCACUCCCGACGGGAAACUCUUCGCCACGCAUUAUUUUGGCACUUCCCAGUUUUUGGUUUAUAACUUUGUGAGCGGGACACGCUCGCACCAACCCAAAACCCAAGCAGUAUGACGGUCUUCAGAUACCGUAACGAUGGCUUCAUCUGAGACGCUCACCGACCAGUGGGACAUCCUCACCAAACACUGAAUCUUCACGUGUGUUUUAAAAAGAAAAACCUCCUCGGAGGGGUUACACAUUGGUUCAAAUCUCAGGAUGAAAACAACGAGGUGUUGUUGAAACAUGAUAUUUCACCCUUUAAUCCUUCCCCGCAUAGUAUUUUGAAGAAAAAGAGUAUUUUCUUUAUACAUUUUUAAGUAAACAAUUGGUUUUAUUAGGAGAAUAGAGUUUACAUGCAUGAUCUGACAGCAAUAGAAAACAAAGAGCAUUUUAUCGUUUUAUCUUUUGAAUCCUCGUGAAGCGUAACCAUCAACCUGCUGCAUUAAACAAAUGGUUAUUUGCAAGUUUGUUCCUCAGUCGGUUUUUGUCAUUUUUACACCCGUUUCCUGUAGUGGAGUGUGUUAAGCUGCCGUUGUCUCCAGAUGUGUUUUAGCGACGUCGAUAAUCCCUGAAGGGCACAACUGCACAAUUUCUUUUGAGGGGUUAAGCUGUGUUUCCUACACUUUGAUUUCACUGUCAUGUUUUUAUUGUAGUAUUUCAGAAACAAUUUCGACACCUUGAUUAGAGAGAUGUGGGUUAGAAUUGUAGCUUGGGCAUUAUUUGUGUGCUCCGAUCUUCUGAGAUCACAUUACCUGACUUUUUUUCCCUCAAGCCGAGCCAUAUACUGUACACCGUUUAGCGAGGCGUUAUAGCCUAAACUGUAUGAGUGGUGUCUUUAAAUUUCACCAAGGCUGUCUUUUGCUUUGUUUGUGCCUGAAUGAAUCAUGUGUGACUUAAGUUGUUGAUUUAUUUUCUUUACUUUUUUAGCCACAUGUUCUUCUUAAGUAGCAUCUGGCUUUGUUUUUUUAUUCCAAUAGUGUAGAUUAUCAUCUUCCUAUUCCUUAGUAACAAUGAAUUAAAAUGUAUAUCAAAUUAUCAUGUAGAUUUAUGCAUAGUAUAACAAGAUUUAUAAUGAAAGAUGGGCAAGUUCUUAAGUGUCACGUGUUAAAUGGUGUUUGAGUGAAGGUAAAUAUCAACCAGGUUCAGCCUUUAUGAUUGAAAACAGGGAUAUUUGCUCAGUGAUCAACAUGAGGGGUUUAGAUUAACCCGCCUCUCUUCAGAUUAACAGUAUCAUCGUAAUCCACCUCUUAUUUUCUUCUUCCUCCUUGUUAAAGCGGUUGAUUUUAGAACGAUGUGGUUGUGUAAGAAAAAGACAUUUGAUUUAUACGAAGCUGUUAUGUAAAUAUUUAUUUAAAUAAAAGUAAAAUGUAAAACAUUUUUGGUGUUUCUGAUUAGCUGCUUUUGACCUUGUAUGGAUUUUUCCUAAUUUUCUGUCAUGUAAAUGCUGUUAUAGUCGUGGCUUCUGAUAUUAAAAGAGUUUCAAAUAACGAGGUCAGUAUA